UUCAACACCGAGGGGCAUUUUCUCACGUCCUUCUUUAUAAAACCCACUCCCUCCCACUGUCCCAAUCCCCCCCUGAAUUUCCUCUCACAAAACAGAAGGGAACCAUUGCCUUAACUACACUACUUUUGGGUACUUGUCUUUUCUUUCAUUUUCUUUCCUUUUCUAUUGGAAAAUUUAUAUAUAUGUCAGCUGGCAUGGGAAAAUGCAGCAGAAUCCGCCACAUCGUCAGGCUUCGACAAUUGGUGCGCCGGUGGCGGAACAAGGCUCGCAUGUCAGCUAAUCGUAUUCCUUCUGACGUUCCAUCUGGACAUGUGGCGGUUUGCGUCGGUACCAGUUGCAGGAGAUUUGUGGUGCGCGCCACGUACCUGAACCAUCCGGUGUUCAAGAAACUCUUAGUGCAAGCUGAGGAAGAGUACGGCUUCACUAACCAAGGUCCCUUAGCGAUUCCCUGUGACGAGAAGGUAUUUGAGGAAGUGAUUCGAUACAUUUCGCGAUCAGAGUCGGGGAAUUCGACCCGUUUCUUGAAUCUGGAAGAUUUCCAGAGGAAUUGCCAUGUCGGACUUAGGAGUAAGCAUGAGUUUUGGACCGAAUCUCGACCUUUGCUUCAUGGGUUCACUGAUAAAACCAUCUGGUAAGUGAAAAUACCAACUGGGAUUUGGUUGGUAUUUCUUGAAAAUAAAAGAGAGAAACAAACACUCUGAUCCUGACCCGCGACGACUCAGUCCGAGUUAGGAAAGCUCUCCGCAGCAAAUUUUAUGUGAUCCAAAAGAUGUACGAGUACUGUUGCCGAGUUGAGUUGCACUCUAAAGUUAAUUCGGCUGAGUUUCCCUGAUUUGCAUCGGUUUUGAUUUUUUACUUACCAUGUACAAAGAGAUGGCAAGAAGAGGUGGCUGAGUUAUCCACCUCGUCGUCCUGGGUUCGAAUCGGAGUGGUGGCAGAAGGAAUUAUUUGAGAGUUGAGGAGCGGAAGGAGAAAAUUUAAUGACCUUUGUAAAUUCUGUUAUUUAUUCAUAAAUAAGAAAAAAUUUGUAAAGAAAUAUCAGCAUGGACUUAUUAUAUAAAAAUUUAUAUAUGUAUUAUUUUA